AUGGGCCCGCUCGGAAGCGCAAGUCUGCCAAUCCUGGCUAAGAGCGCUCUAGCUGACCUCUCAGGCCUGCAUAGCGACUUUGAGACCCCCUCACGACCUUUCAGACCCACCGCUACGGCUCCACCACUAAAUUUCGGCCCCAACACACCCUUCAUCUUUCACACGGCCAAUCUCGGGCGUGUCCCGCCUGAUCCGCCUGUACCCCAGCCGACUCAGUUCCCGGUGUACAAUCCUGCCGAUUGGACAACGACGAGCUUUGGGUUUGGGCAUACGGUCCCGCCCGGAUCGGGGAUGCUGGAUGAUGUGGAGAUGAAGGAGGGGGAGAGCCCCGCGAGGCCAUUUGCGGCGAGGGUGGAGGUCGAGGCAGAGGGGAGUGAACAGAAUGUGAAGGAUGGAUCAGAGAGGAGUGGGAAGGAGGAGGAGCAAGGUGGGACGCAGGAUGGGAAGAGCGAUGAGGGGUCCAAGGGGGGUUACAGGCCUAUUGCGCAGGGGGCGGUGGCGAGGGUUCGGCGACGGAGGGAGAGGGAAUGGAGGCGAAGGAGAGGAGACAGCGAGAGCGAGGGUGAAGGGAGCUAUGAUCAGACUGUACGGGCUCGCUCAGAAAAAGGUCCAGUCAAGACGGAACAUACCUACAAUCUCAACAUGAACUCGCCGACUAUGCGGCAUUCCGAGAUCCCAGCCUUACUACUGGGAUACCUUCAGUUCUUCGUCAAUGCGUCGGUGGUGGUCUUUGUGCUGUACCUGGCUGUCCAGUUUGUUCUAACUGUACGGCGAGACGUUAAGGACAAGAUGGCCGAGGCUUCUGUCGAGAUCCUGCAGGAGAUCGCCGAGUGCUCUCAGCUGUAUCUGACAAAUCGCUGCGAUCCUUCGCUUCGCGUACCGGCAAUGGAUGCCCCUUGUCGAGCCUGGGAAACUUGCAUGCACCGCGACCCGACCAUCGUUGGCCGGACCAACGUCAUGGCCGAGACUUUCGCUGGAGUGAUCAACUCCUUCGUCGACCCGAUCAGCUGGAAGACUAUGGGCUUCACACUAGUCACCCUGUCCUUCUUGAUCAUCCUGACCAACUCGGCACUCUUCAACCUUCGCCAUCGCGCCGGCCCUGAUCAACCUCAGGCACCGCCACACCACAUGUAUCCUCCCAUCCACCAAGCACCCUGGAUGCCGGGUCAGCAUCAGCAGGGGUAUCAGGGCUAUCCGCAGGCCCUCCAGUCUGGGCAUGUGGGUCAGCAGGGGGAAGGGAGCGGUCUGGCGCAGAUAGGAUGGGAUGGGGGCAAGAAGAAGAAGAAGGGGUGGUGGUGA